AUAAUACAAACAGCAAAGCAAAGCAAACCCAAAACAAAAGAGAGAGAGAGACACUCUCUUCUCUCUUGUGUGUGUGUGUGAGUGUGGACACAGUAGUAGGGCUUCACCCUUCUCUUCUCUACUCAAACACUCAUACACACUUCAAUCUGCUCACAGUGUGUUUGUUUGUAUGAUGGGAGAGAGAAUAACCCCUGGGAGUUACUUCCAGUACCCUCCUCCUCCUCCUCCUCCUCACACUCAACUCCAUGCUUCUCCACACAGGUCUUCUUCUAUUCCUAUCGAUCGAGAAAGAUAUGUGGCUGAAUUACUGGCAGAGAGGCACAAGUUGGGGCCAUUCAUUCAAAUUUUGCCUUACUGUACCAGACUUAUUACUCAAGAAAUCAGACGGGUAACUGGAGGCUUCAAUACAGGUUUCGUUGAUCAUGAAAGACUUGAGCAUGAGAGUCCGCUUCGGUCAUUAAAUCAAUUUCCAAAUGGUAGACCAAUGGAUUUGGAGGGAUGGCCUGGAAUGCAAGUGGAGGAAAAUGGACAUUCUCAAAGAACAGCUCCAUACCAGUCUCCUUCCAUGGGAUGGCCAGGUGUGCAAGGAAAUCCAACUACUCCUAAUGUAAAGAAAGUAGUAAGACUGGAUGUUCCGGUGGACAAAUAUCCAACUUAUAACUUUGUUGGCCGAAUUUUGGGACCCCGAGGAAACUCUUUGAAAAGAGUUGAAGCUGUGACAGAAUGUAGGGUGUACAUAAGAGGCCGUGGCUCGGUAAAAGAUUCUGUGAAGGAAGAAAAACUAAAAGACAAACCCGGGUAUGAACACCUAAAUGAGCCAUUGCACGUCCUCGUGGAAGCUGAAUUUCCAGAAGAUGUAAUAAAUGCACGUUUGGAUCGUGCGGUGGGGAUUCUAGAGAAUCUUUUGAAACCCGUGGAUGAGUCGUUGGAUCAUUAUAAAAAGCAACAAUUGAGGGAAUUGGCGAUGCUGAAUGGUACACUGAGGGAAGAAAGUCCAAGCAUGAGCCCCAGCAUGAGCCCAAGCAUGUCCCCUUUUAACAGUACAGGAAUGAAGCGAGCCAAGACAGGGAGAUGACCCACCCCACCCCCUUUAGGCCUUUAACGAGCGAAUUUGUGUAACUGCGACCGCCUACUGAUGAUUUCCUGGUUAAUAAUGUCUAGUACUGAGCCUGAGGAGGAGGCUGGCAUUGACAAAAACUGACACACACAAACACACCACACACACACUCCUCUCCUGAGUAAAUUUUUGGGCUCUCUCCUCUCCUGGCAAAGCUUACUUCUGCAACUGCAUCAAUAUAUUCUCUUAUUCAUUUUGCUCAACACACUCUGGUUUUCCAUUCUUUUAUGUAUCAUUCCUCCCAAAUAUGAAUACAUUCUAUCAUUAUUAUUAUUAUAUUCAUUAGUUUAUUAUUGUUGGUAACUUGUAGCCCAGUUGCUGCUGCAGCUGAGUUUUGAAAUUCUUCUUAACGAUCUCUAUUAGUAGAUUCUUUUCAUUAACUAGCUUGUUAUGACAUGAAAAUAAAGAAAUUUCAAUUUGUAAUUA